AUGCAUAGGGGUUGUCGUCGGCGUUCAAGAAAGCCUGUGGAAAUUUCUAAGACUGCUUUGCGUGACUCGACACAGGCUAAAAUUUCCAUCGAAUUAUGGGAAAACUCGAAAAAACUUUCAGCACCUGUAAGUUCUCAAAACAUGAACCAGUCUUCCUGUAAUAACAGCACAAGCCAUAAGACCCGUGCUGUCACUACUAUAGGAAGCAACAAUGUAUGCAGCAACCGAAAGUCCAUUAAUGCCAAUGCCGAAACUAGUAGCACCAUCAUCACCGCAACAGAGAACGACGAGAAAAAUGAUCCCAAAAGGAUCAAAAUCGUGACUAAUACUAGCGAGAAGUGUGAAGAGAAACCCUCUGUUAGUGAUGGUAGUAGCAUCAAUAGAAGCUGCAAGAGUGUAAACAGAGUCACUGUCGCUCAUAAUAUAUCUCCGACUGUGGGCUUUUCUCCAAAAAGCGUUCUUCAAGGCAACAACAGCAGUUCCCUCGUUUCCAAAAUCCAACUAGAGCUUGAACCGGGGAGGUGUAGAAGAACAGAUGCGAAAUGAUGGCGGUGCAGCAGGGACGUUAUUACCGAUCAAAAAUAUUGUGCACGACACAUGCACAGAGGUGCUAGAAAGCACCCCGAGGUUUCCCAGUCUGUUGCUACUUCGACUAUCGGUGAUUUUUGACCUAGUAAAUUAACAAUAGCCAACAGACCAGCAUGUUCAGCCCCGAGCACCAGUCUGUCUAUCUCUAUACCAAGUCCUCCGCUCAUUACUCGAGAUGAAAAGAGUAUGAGCAGCAGCAGCGAGACGACCAUCAGCAACACCAUGCUUACCAUCUUGGACAAUGGUAACUUCUAUGCCAACUCGAGAUAAUUGAGG